AAUAUACUAUACAUGUAUGAGAAGUUCAAAUUUAAGGACGUCGUUACGAUUUAAAUUAUCGCUUGUGAUAACAUAUUUCUGGACAGUAUUGCAAGCAUGGACAAGCUAGCUGAGUACAACUUCACUGAUAAUUUUGAGACCACUGACCAAAUGGUCCAAGAUUUUAAAGACAAAGGUUAUCUUCUUGUCAGGAACUUGUUUGAUAAAGAUGAGGUUGAGAAGUUUGUUAAAGCAAUGACAGACAGCGAUGCCUUUUAUAAGAACGCAUAUGUACUAGAAGCCGGGGAAAGAAAAGUUCCCAGAAUAACAUGGAGUCAUCCAGGAAGUGACGUGACCGGAUUAGCGGCUAGAUCCGAAAAGGUGGUCACCACGUGUGAAAAGCUACUUGGUGGCGAGGUAUACCAUUACCAUUCAAAAUAUAUGUUAAAAGAUGCUAAAAUUACAGCACCACAUUACUGGCACCAAGACUAUGGAUACUGGUAUAAUUGCAGAAAUCUUUAUCCGGAUAUGAUGACAGUAUGGGUAGCUCUAGAUAAAUGCACUAAAGAAAAUUCCUGUUUGGAAUUUUUGUAA